AUGCCAUCUUCGUCUCGCCGAGAAUCGAGCUCUCGCUCCCCCAGACCUGCUGAAGAGGAACCUCGUCGGAAGAGAUAUUCCCUUUUGGUUGAGAUCAUUGACGAUGAUGGCUUUGCAGUGUUCGAGCGAAAUCGCGAGGCGGACCGGCCGCGUAGAUCGAGUCGAGGUACCUCUACUACACGACAUCGACCUGCCGGAGGCUCCGAGCAUCAUUCAGACACCAACAGGCAAUCUCGACGAGUAUCGGUCUCCUCGAACGUAGGAGAAGUUGGGCCUAGGGACAACCAUGAUAACCCACCGGAACGAUCGCGGCACGCAGGUACUAGAUCACGUACCAGCCGCGCCAGCGAGCGUGGUGACGAGGUGUACGACACCGCUCCUGAAGGUAAUCCCGCCUCAACCCCAGGGCGACAAACGCAAGAGGACGCCGAGCGACCCUCCAGCUCUCACAACGAAAGACGGAGAAGAUCUAUUCACAACGGCACCCAGACGAGCAUUAGAGGAUACGGGCCACACAGCGCCUUUACAUCUCCGUAUAACCUGUUCCGACCCCCUAAUCCCAACCAAGGAGACCUGGACAUUAUGGAGAUCGCCUACCGAGAUGGAAUGCUUCUCGGCCAGCGUUUAGCGAAUCUACGAGACCCCAAUACCAAUCGCGGUACCCCUCCCCGUCCUAUUUCUGUAUCAUCAACCCAUCGCAACCAGCCUGAUGCCAACCGACGACCUCGUGAGCACCCCGAACCACAACAACAGCGUGGAUGGCGGUGUCUGUUCCCCUCGUGGCUGUUUUUAAACGCGCGGGCUCCUCCAGCUGAGCCGGUAGCAUCGCGCAGGAAUAGCCAAGACCAGGGACAUCGCCGUUGA